AUGGCAAGUGGGUUUUCAACGUCAUUCAUCUUCCGAGUUUCAAACUUGUGGAAGAGCUCCAAGGGACACCAAUUCAGGAGAGAAAAUGAGAGCACAAUUGAUUCAAUUUUGAAAGAAGAGGAGAUAGAAGUGGAGGUGAAUAGAAAGGGAUUGGAGAAUCAGAGUUUAUGGAGUCAAAUAAAGGAGAUUGUUGUGUUUACAGGACCUGCUACAGGGCUUUGGUUAUGUGGACCAUUAAUGAGUCUAAUUGAUACUGUGGUUAUUGGCCAAGGGAGUUAUAUUGAACUUGCUGCUUUAGGACCUGCGACGGUUUUAUGUGAUUAUAUGAGUUAUGCGUUCAUGUUCCUUUCAAUUGCCACUUCGAAUAUGGUUGCAACGUCCCUUGCGAGACGGCUCAAGGAGGUUUUUUGUGCAAUGUUGGAAAGUCUAAUGUUGUUGUGCAAGUGUAGUGGUUUGAGGCUUGAAGUAAUUGUGAGAGGACUCCAACAUUGGGCUGAUUGGCAGUUUAUAAAAGGGACUAUUUGCACGCAAAAACCAGCAAUAUGCAUGGUUCGGCUGUUGGCCAAUAUGCAUGGUUCAGCUGUUGGCCUAUAUUCGAGGCUUAGCGUGGCCUGCAGUUCUUGUAGGAUGGGUUGCUCAAAGUGCAAGGUGAAAUUCUCUAGGUCAUUGGUUUAUCCCAUGCUUUAUCUACUUGAUGAGCUAACAGUGUCUUAUCUUGGCAUGAAAGAUUCGUGGGGGCCUCUGAAGGCCUUGGCAGUUUCUAGUGUUGUAAAUGGUGUUGGUGAUGUAGUCCUAUGCAGCUUUUUAGGCUAUGGAAUUGCUGGUGCUGCAUGGGCCACAAUGGUGUCGCAGGUUAUUGCAGCUUAUAUGAUGAUAGAAGCUCUGAACAAAAAAGGAUAUAAUGCAUUUGGCAUCUCUCUUCCAACAGCUGACGAACUCCUGAAAGUAAUCGGGCUUGCUGCACCCGUGUUUGUGACAAUGAUGUCUAAGGUGGCUUUCUAUUCUCUCAUGAUAUAUUUUGCAACAUCUAUGGGCACACAUUCUGUGGCUGCUCAUCAGGUCAUGCUUCAAAUAAUGGGUAUGUGUACAGUAUUGGGUGAGCCUCUCUCUCAAACUGCACAAUCAUUUAUGCCUGAGUUGAUAUAUGGUGUUAACAGAAGUUUGGCAAAGGUGAAUUCUUCAGCCAUUGUAUUUUCAGCACCUGCAACUGCUUUAUCUGAAAUCCAGUCUUCUGAAAGGUCUAUUGAUGAAACAGGCUCGAAUGCUUCUAAAAUCACUUAUCACAAUUGGGGCUACAAUGGGAUUGCUGCUAGGGACCAUUGGUACAUUUGCUCCUUGGUUUUUCCCAAAUAUCUUUACCCACGAUCAGAAGGUCAUACAGGAGGUGCUGUUGUACUGGUGCUUGUUAGCAGCAGAGGAUAUGGUUUGCCUGGCUGCUGGUGUGCACUUGUAGGAUUUCAAUGGGCUCGUUUUUUCCUUUCUCUUCGGCGUCUUCUCUCCUCCAAUGGAAUACUUUACUCUGAGGACUUGAGCCGCUGUAAAAUGGAGAAGCUGAAAGCUGCAUAG